AUGAAACCAGAAGCAUGCACAGGGAAACACAAACACACGUUCUACGGUAUCUGCCUUCUGUAAAAGAGAAAAUGAGGUAUGGGUUAAAGCUUCCACACGGAUUUGUACCUGUCUCUUCACACCACUCUCAUCUCUCAAUCUUUCUCCAUCCAUCCAUCCAUCCAUCCCUCCCUCUCUAAUGUAAUCUUUACUGCUCUAUAUCCUAGCAGCACUCUGUUAUCUCAGCUGUGACAGCUCAUCUACAGUAGUUAAUAUGGCUAUCAGAGAGAUGGGGAGCUAAGUGUGCUUCCUCUACCGCAGCAGUCUGCUCAGGGAUUAAUGGUUUGGUAGAUGGGGAGCUAAGUGUGUCUCCUCUCCUGUGUGCUUCCUCUACCGCAGCAGUCUGCUCAGGGAUUAAUGGUUUGGUAGACUGCCAUCAUACCAGAAGAGGAAUUUGGUGUUGCUACGGUAAAGAUGACGUUCUGAGACGCAGUCUGAGACGAGGGUGCAGCUCAGGUUAGGGUUAGUAUCAAGACACACACACUCACAGACACUUAAAGGUCUGUCUAUUUCAGAAUGUCCUCUUUUCUGUUCCACUUCUAUGACACUGAAGUGCUGGAACCUUCUGUGUCACUUCACUUACAUUAUUACAGUUGUGGGGAAAGUUGACUAAAUGUUGAAUGUUAAGCUGUUGUGUGUGGUGCAUAGGCUACAGUAAAAGGCCUGAAUCUGUUCGUGGUGUUUCUGGGGUGACACUGCAGCCUCGGAUGACACUGUGUUUUCCCAUUGAGGGGUUCUAGAAUGUUCCCUUGCUGUGUGAAGUGUAAUCUGCUGGUCUGUGCUGUGUCUGUCUGGAAGUAUGUGUUAGAGGUCUCCUCUGUGCCUCUUGUAAAGCUAAACCACCAUGCCGCUCAGACAGUUAAGGUCAGACAGUUGUCCAGUCAAAAUAGGGCAGGCUAUGGAUUGCGUGAUUUGUAUUUGCGUGUGUGUGGUGUGUGUGUGUGAACGUCCUCUUGCGUGUGUGUCACAGGUUGAGAGCGUCUGCUCCUCCGCCUGCUGUGACAUCACCCUGAGUGAUCACAUGAGCUUCCCUGUCUGAUCCUGUCAACGUGAGAACAACAGCAACAUCUCAUGUGUGAGGCAUGUCAUGUGCACUUUCCCUGGCUGUGGAUGUUCCUGGGAGCCCUGGGUGUGGUUGUGGUUGUGGGUGUGGGUGUGGGGGUGGUUCUGGGUGUGGGUGUGGGUAUGGGUGUGGUUCUGGGUGUGGGUCUGGGUGUGGGUCUGCUCACACUGCUGGUUCACUUUCUCUGUCCUUGAGCUCUGUGUUGGUGUGGUGGGCCGUGGACCGGGAAGGAUGACGGGUCAGUAUUGUCCUACUACUCCAUUGUCUCUCUCUCUUCUAUAGGAAUGCACAGAGGGGAGGGAGGGAGAGAGAGCACUAUAUUUAGCAGCCAGCAAACAUCAAGACACUGACACAGGAAUUCCUUAGAGACUUGAUUGUUUUCAAGAACUAAUUUGAAUCAUUGAAUCUUGACCCUCCAACACACACAUUCCUCCAAGCACAUCUGUAUUCACACAGGUGUAGGCCUAUGUGUGAGGCAGGUGUGUCUUCAAAGUGCUUCUCUAUGGCAAAUAGCAAGCUAUAGGAAUAUGCACACUGUCUGCAGAUAUUGUGUUGCACAUAAUACAGUGAUAAUGCUGUGCCAAUACCCUAGCUUCUGUGUUACAGGGAUUGUCAUGCUGUUUCAAGGUCUUUGGGGGCGGCAGGUAGCCUAGCGGUUUAAGAACAUUGGACCAGUAACCGAAGGGUCGCUGGUUCGAGUCCCCGAGCCGAAUAGGUGAAAGAUCUGUCUGUGUCCUUAAGCAAGGCUCCUGUAAGUCACUCUGGAUAAGAGUGUCUGCUAAAUGACUAAACUGUAAAACUGUAAACUGUAUUUGUGUUAAAGUGGUGUUUAGUCUCGUGGUCGUUUAGAAAUGGUUAGUUUGUGACAUUUAGACCAGUUUGCCCAAACUCCCUCUGCAUUCUCACCUCAUGAACUCUUACUGCUGGAAUAUGCCAAGAUAAACACAACAUCAUACACACACAGACACACCCACACCCACAGCAACAUUAGCCAUGCCAUACACACAAAAAAAUUGAAUGAUCGCAUGACUGUAAGUCUCUUUGGAUAAAAGCAUCUGCUAAAUGGCAUAUUAUGGAAAGUUGCCGCACACACACUAAACACACAACAAACAAACUAACAUCCCAAGAAGAUGCCUUGUUUCAUAUUAUUGAGGAAGAGAAGAGAAAAGACGAGAGGAAGGGAGAGAGGGAAGAGAAGAUACAGAGACGAACGAGCGCGAACGAGAAGAUACACGAAAUCUUUAGCCUGAGCUUCUAGCUUCGCUAUCGCUUCUCUUCUCUUCUCUUUUCGCUGUGCUGCGCUGACUUCCUUCUUCUUCCUCUUCUUUCUUCUCCUGUACUACUUCUCUUCUCUUCUCUUUCUUCCUCUCCUCCCUUCCCUCCCCCCCCUCCUUUUUCCUCCCCUUCUCCCUUCUCCCUUCAUCUCCUGUCCCCAUGCCUUACCCCUCCCCCUCUCUUCAUCCCCGCCCCCCCCCCCUCACCCGGCGCCGCUAACUCCCCCGUCAUCUACGCCCCUGUAAGGUCUUCCAACUCCUUUCCCGUUGCUUUCCAUCCUUUCCAUUCUGUCCACUCGCCCAGACCUCUGCUCCGUAGACUCCACUCCGAGUCAGGGUCCCAGCCCUCCCCUCUAUACGGGUGUGACUCCCCGUGGGCCUGCGCACGAUGAUAGCGGAUGUUACGCAGAAAUAAAGAGGCGUGAAGGGGGAGUAGAAUGGCUCCCGCUUCUUCUCCCCCCUUCCCUUCGCCUUCUGGGUUACUGAUCUUCUUUCGGGAUUAUCCUUUACGCCUUUCCUUGCCGAUUCUCGUGGGGUGGGGGCCCUGAAACUCUCGUUGGUUGGAGACCGGUGAUCUCUAUAUUCGUCCGUUGUGCUUUGUCGCGGCUCUUUGCAUGGCCUCUUUUCUUCACAGACGCUACCCCUCGAGUGCUCUCUCUCGUCGAUCAGUGCUUCCGGGAGGGUCGUGGAACAGUCAUACGGGGGUUCCAUUCGCGCUGUCGCGUCGGGCUCGUGGCGAUUUGCGAUCAAUCGUAUCUGGCUUAGUCGUCGGGACGGAUUGUGGAGCUGCCCGGGGGGUGCUCUCAAGGGUAGUAAGGGAUCCUCGUUAUGCUGCAGUUUCGAAUGAGAGUGUCGAUUAGCACAGGUGGCGUCGGGUUGUUAUAAAGCAGGCGGGGUCGUGUGGUGCCCCUCUGGAAUCUCUGAAGCCUACGUACGUGAGCUCUCCCUGGCUUCCCCUCACCCUCCCUCCUUCCCCUUCUCUCCUCCUUUCCCCCCUCCUCCUCUUUCCCUCCUCCCUCACCCCCGCCUUCCCCCUCCCCCUCUUUUCUUUUGCUAAGCUCUUUUUGCUCAGCAACCCAUGCCUCCCACUCUUUCCUUUUGCUUUACCUUCUUCACAUUCCUACUCUCCAGCUUUGCUCUCUCUCUGGUUCUCUCCUCGUCUUGUUGAUCUCUAUGCUACGUGAGAAUCGCACAUCACUUACUCUCCCCCCGAGUGGGCCGCGAGUUCCUCAUCACCCGUUCAGGCUCCUAUUCUCGGGUACCUGGUCAUCUCAACGCGGGCGCGUCGUGUCGUCUUCUCAGGUCUCUACUAGUUCCCAACGAUGCGGGCGCAUUCAUACUGUCCUAGGACGUAGUCCCUCCAGAAUAUACUCUCAUUACGCACCUCGGGGUCUUGUCCGUUAGAAUCUGCGGGGAAGAUUGAGGAGAGGAUUGGUACGCAGCCUCCGAACCCCGUGCAAAGAGAGCAUAGCCCAGACGUCCACCAUCUCUCCUACCAGGUGCGUGGGCGUCCGUUCGAUGGUACGUACGUAGUUCAGCUUUCCUUUCCUCACCCACACCGGAAGGCUUGUGCAGGUGUGGUCUAGUAAUGACAGUGGGUAGCAUGGGGGGAGACAGAGAGCAGGAGAUAGGGUAAAGGCGGAGCAGCCCGCCCUUAAUAUCAUGUCGUUACGGAUUAUCUGUGCUGUCUAGGUGUCUAAUAAUCCUUCAAAAGAAAUUAUGUCCUACUACAGUCACACUGCAUGGGGAGGUGGAGUUUUGGUGCUUUUCCGUUGGCUCUAGUCAGUGGGAAGAUAUUGGAGAUUGGAGCUGUCACUGUUCCCAGUGAACUGUCUGAGAGUUGGGGAUGUAGGAGUGAGAUAACAUAACCACCCAUAGUUCAGAGAGUCAUUAUGGCUGGAGUUGGUAGGAUGGAUGGAGGGGAGUGGAGUAUAUGGAAUCAUGAUUUUUGUAUGGCGUAGGCUUAAGUAGGCUCAUUGAUGUUUGUGUGUGAUUGAUUAUGGAGAUAUCGUCAGUAUUAGGCUAGAUGUUGUUUCCCUUUAGUAGCAGAGUAGUAGGAGGUUGAUGUUUUUUUUUUGGAAGAGGAGGGGAGGAAGGGGUGGGUGGGGUGAAGGGGAGAGGAGGAGUGGAGGGAGGAUAGGUGGAGGAAGAGGGGAGGGAGGUGGAGGAGGAAGAGGGGAGGGAGGAGGAGGAAGGGAGGGAGAGGAGGAGGAGGAGUGGAGGGAGGAUAGGUGGAGGAAGAGGGGGAGGGAGGAGGAGGAAGGGAGGGAGGAGGAGGAAGGGAGGGAGGUGGAGGAGGAAGAGGGGAGGGAGGAGGAGGAAGGGAGGGAGGAGGAGGAGGAGGAGGAGGAGGAGGAGGGAGGGGGGAUAGGCAAUGUCCGGAAGCCAGUGGCGAGUGUGAGUGUGUGCAUGUGUGUGUGCUUGUGCAUGAGAGAGUGAGUGUGUGCAUGUGUUUGUGCGCAUGUUUGUGUGCACCCUGGGUUCUUAGGCCUGAGUGGAAACUCCUGUGUCAGUGUCUUUCUGAAAGUUAGCACCCUCUGCUGUUUAGAGUGAUAGCAGCUGAAUGAGGGAAAUGUCAUGAAGCCAUCACAGAGGAAGUCAAGGUGUCCUCAGGUCUGAGUCAUAAUGACUGCUCUCUUUCUCAACUUCCCCCGGUACUGCAGUUCCUGUUUCUCACACAGCCUGUUGUCUGUCUCUCUCUCUGUGUGUUUCAGCAGAAUGAGGUCAAAGAGGAACAGGGGGGAGGGCCCAAGGCUCUGUCAGAGGAAGAGGUGCGGGCCAGGAUAGAGGACUACAACUCUAAGGUCUCAGAGAAUGGCAUGAAACUGGUGAGUGCUACAACAUGUAACACAUACACAUAGGUACUAGUAUGAAGUACUGAAUCUGAAUUUACCAAUAUAUACACAAAGGCAUCAUACUCUCUCUCUCUCUCUCUCUCUCUCUCUCUCUCGCUCUCAGGCUGCUGAUGGUUUGUACAGUGGCUUCAUUAAGGUCCACCUCAGGCUGAGUCGGCCAGUCACGGUGCUCGCUGUGGAGGGGGCGGGAUUAGAGGGACAUGCAGGCCAGGCAGACAGAUGCGGUCGGCCAAUGACGGUGUCAGAGGGCCAGAAGAGGGAGGGAGCGGGGUUGAGUGACAAGCGGACGUCGUUCUACCUUCCCAGUGACUGUGUGAAGCAGCUCCACAUUAGUUGUACUACCACAGUUAGGGAGGUCAUACAGGGCUUGCUGAAGAAAUUUAUGGUGCUGGAUAACCCACACAAGUUUGCCCUAUACAGACAGACACAUCGCGAUGGACAGGGUGAGUUAUACACACACAUUACAUGUGUAUACAUUCGCACAUUUACAUUCUGCCCCACUGCUGAGUGUAGAUUUGAAGAUGUCUGAUAAUAUGCAAAUGGCCUGGAUUGGAAUCUGAUGCGUCUUUCCUUUGUCGUGUGUCUGAGUAGAUCUGUUCCAGAAACUUCCUCUGGUGGAGUGUCCUCUCGCCCUGAGACUGGUGGCAGGUCCAGACCCUGAGCUGCUCAGCUUUGUCCUCAAGGAGAACGAGACUGAAGAGGUGGAGGUAAGACAAACACACACAAACACACACACACACACACACACAAAAACACACACGCAAACUCACGCAAACACACACACACACAAACACACAAAACACACACGCAAACACACACACACACAAACACACACAUACUGUGUGUCCUAGAAUCAUUCUCUAACAUCUCUAAUAUCACUAAUAUCUCUCUCUUUCUCUCUCUUCCUCUCAGUGGCAUGCGUUCUCGGUUCCUGAGCUGCAGAACUUCCUGGUGUUUCUGGAGAAGGAGGAGACUGAGCGAGUGCGAUUGGUGGAGCAGAGAUUCGCAGCCUACCGACAGAGAUUGCAGAAGGCACUAUGCAAGCAUCAACCCUGACCCCUCACCCUUGACCCCUCGUCCCUAAUCUCUCACACUGACCCCUCAACCCUCACCCCUCUCUUGACCCAGGGAGACAGGAGACCAGUGAGGCUCACAGACUCCUAUACCUCCCUUCCUCCUCACACCCACUCUUGAGAAGAGAGGAGGGGUUGAGAAAGCAUGGAAAGGGAAAAGGUGACUGUUUGAAGGACGAGUGGACAGGAUGCUGGAACAAAAUAAGUGUUUCCCUUGGAGGUGAAAGACACACUGAACUGAAGGACCCUCUGACUUCUUUGGGCUCAGAUAUCUCAGUUUGGUCUGACAAUGUGACCUGAUGGGUCUUCUAAUGUUACAUUGACUCUCAGUUUGGUCUGAUAAUGUUUUUAAAAUUAUACUGCUGCUGCUGCAAGUGUUACUUAUUUACUUAGUUACGUAUUUACUAAGGCAUGAGUCUCACCCUGCUCCAUCUGCCCCAGUGCCCCUGCAUAAAGAUUUAGAUGGACUAGAACAGACAUUACCAUUCAAAGCAACACUCCAUGGUGGAUGGACCAUUUGGAAUGUUCCAUUACUUGAUGUUUAUGAUAUCAACUCUCAUAUUGUCCCUGCAUGCCUUCUGUCCAGGGCCGAGG